AUGGGUGCAAGUUCAGCUUUGUAUCUGAUGGCCCGGGCGGAACUUUACGAUGGCUCGGAACCCGCGUCGACCUUCCUGAAAGAUGUACAGAGUUCUGGGAACAAUACAGUCGCAGAGGGGAUUAUAGAAAACUUGGUGUUUGCAGAAAGCAAAUCGGUCCGGACAUCGACUAUUAUUCUAGCAGCCUUUAAUGUACUAGCUUCUUUUGCCACAGCAGCCAGUAUUCUUUACGACUGCUACUGGGCAUCGAAACGAUGCAACCCCAAGUUUAAAGCUUCAAAAUUCUGCGUCUCCAUGAUUCAUCCAGCGGAAACUUUCCCUUUGGUACUAUCUAUUGGUAUUGUAAUUCAAGGACUUAUCUUUGCUGCAGUUCAAGGAGAAGGCCUUCACUCAUUAUUUACAUUUGGAUGCGGUACAAUCGCUCAAUUUAUGUGGAUCGCUCUUUUCAUUGUUCCAUAUAUUCAACUUGUGUUCGGACUCGAAUGUGCUAUAAGAUCUUUGAAGAAAACCCCUUUCCAACCAAGAGGAAAAUACGAUGUGUCCAUAUGCUUAGGAACAAUUGUGUUGAUGUUGGUUGCCACUUGGAUCCCAACAAAUCUCUUUCCACAAAAGAAUAGAUGCUUUGCUUCAUUGGUAUGGUUCGUGUCAAGAUAUGGAACUUUUGGGCUCAUUGUAUAUUCUGCUGUCGCCGGUCUCCUAAUUAUCAGUGCUCUCACUAUAUUUGUCAGACUAUCCAAGACAACUUUGGUAGAGCGCAAUCAAAGAAUUGCAGCAUCUCGUAUGGUGUAUUAUCUCGUUGUAGGUCUCGUAUCAUUGGGUUUCGUAAUUCCAUACUUCAUUUCCCAAGCAAUCGGACAUGGUAACUUCAAGCUAGCCAUGAUGGCAACUGUGGUCCUCAAUUUGUCCGGUCUGAUGAACGGUUUACUUCACUUAUUCUUACGGUCGAACACUGCAACAACAUCAUUUGGGCCAAGAGGCAGGUCCUGGCCUAGUAAUAAGCAUGAGAUUAGGAUGUGGGGACCAAAUGAGUUGGCAUUCAGCGACCAGAUAAUGGACCCUGUUCCAGCGCCAGUAUCUCCUAGAUCAGGGUUAGUAAGUCGAGCAGAAAGCCAGAAAAGUUUGAUCACUUCCUCGGACAAAAGCAAGUUCAUUAGUAUGACCGACUUAUUUGUUCCGCAAUCAUCCACUUAUUCACCGACGAAGCCAAAUCCUCUACGCUCGAAUUUCGUUACCCAAAUGUCAUCGGUACCAAUUCCUCCGACUCCUACUGAGCAUUUGCCUUCAGAGUAUACGAGAAAACAAUCAUACUCUCUUUUCCCAGCACCGGCUCGCGAUAGCCUUGACACAUUAGAACCUCCACACAUGAACAGAUCUGCAUUGGAAUCAGUAUACGAUAUUAGCGAUCUUUCCGAUCUGGUACCACCUCCACCUCUUCACGGUAAGAUUGGACAUAGAAGAGGCUCUUCUGUAUCUUCAUCAGCAACAGUUCAAAUUGGUAUUCGUUUCUCGCAAGCACCACCUCCAGUCAUUCCUAAAACUAUCCCCUUCGCCCUCCCAGCAACAACUUACGAAUUGACUCCACUUCCCGCGACUACUUUUCAAACUCCCGCUCCCCCGUCAAUGACCUACUCUCCUACAUCAAAAUUGAAUCCCAUUCCAAAGACCAUGACUGCUCCAUCUAGAGCUCAUCUCCCUCCACUACAGACGAAAAAUCUGACUGGAAAUUCCAUUCCAAUCCCACCUCGCUCACCAUUCCGACCUCCUCCUACCGCCAGUACAAACAUCACCAAUCAACGACAACAAUCCCCUACCAUGUCAUAUUCUCCUCGCUCUACCUCACCGCAACAAUCACCAUCCUUCGUCAACAAGACUCUCCCGGGGGUUCCAAAACCAUCAACCCUAAAACAGCCAGCAAUCGAACGCUUAGAGAACUCAGAUGCAAUAUUCCAACUGAGUCCAACUGUUUACACACCACCUGGAGACUCGCCCCAGCGAAAAGGUUCCGUGAGGACCAUCCCCAUUAGAUCGGAUUCCAACCGUCGACAGUCAAGGCUAAGACAGGGAAGCAAUGGCCAAUGGAUAUGA